GUUACAAGUAGUGAGUUAUCGCGAGAGACUUGGUGCCUUUUGAAUGAGGAAGCCCCUGUCAGACAGCCUCGGGUCUGUGCUGUAGUAGCCCAAAUUAGAAAGAGAAUGAGAUCACCAAAGGACCAAGACACAGGUAAACCUAACCAGGAUCGGGAUUCGUGUUCUUGUAGAGACCUCCGCACUGGGGACGUCUAUGGACUCUAAAUCAGACGCGGAGUUCGCCAUUUUGGGGCCAGAUUCCUGUUUUAUGAAGACCAGCUCUGCCCGUACUGGAACUGCCAUUUCCCACACAUUAUAGGAAACACAUUAACAACGCAACAAUGGCAAUGCGUGAAAUUGAACCUUACAUUUUUGAUCCGGACUCAGAAUCUGAGUCUGAGAUUGAGGUGCACAAGGAAUCAACGAGACAACAUGGAGCAGACAGGGGCAUUUACUGGGUCCAAAACGGUGAUGAAUUCUCUCCUCAGUACAGAACCAUUUCAAGCACUUCACAUCGCCCUGGAAGCAUAGAGGUUACAUUUGAGCCUGACCAAACAGAGCAGAAUAUGAGUGAGCCAGAAGCACCUGCUCAAAGCUAUGAAGAUGAAGAUGAUGUUUCGGAAGAAGAGGAGGAAGGGGACAAAGGUAACCAGAGCUCAGAUGAGGACUGGCUUCCUCAGACUUUGACAGAGGAAGGAAAUGAAGACAUGACAAGAGACACCUCUUCAGAGGAUGACAGUUCUGAAGAAGCGGAGCUCGAUGAAGAUCAGAAGCCCACUCGUGAACCGAAAAAAAAGCAGCUCUGCACUGAGUGUGGUGCCUUUUAUUGUACUCAAAAACACGUGUGUGAGCACAAAACUAAACCAUAUGUCUGUAAUGUCUGUGGUAAGAGAUGUGUGACUCAGCUAUCUCUAAAAUUACACAGCAACAUACACAGUGAAACAUAUGAACAUUAUUGUAAAUAUUGCUAUGCCACUUUUAAAACUAAACUGGACAAACUUGCACAUGAGGAGAUCCACCAGAAUCAACCAAGGCCAUACAAAUGUCCUGAUUGCACUGUAACAUUUGCCAAAAAUACAGAACGCAGAAAGCACAUGAAAAAACACAAAGGUCCAGAUGAAUUUAAAUGUGACAUUUGUGGAUUGGCAAUUGGGAAAAAGCACAAACUACGACAUAUGAUGAUUCACACAGGAGCAAAACCAUUCAAGUGCCCAACAUGUGAUCGGACUUUCAACCAAUCAGGCAAUCUGAAGUCACACAUGCGCGUGCACACGGGAGAGCAGCCUUAUAAAUGUCAGUACUGUGACAAAUCUUUUAACCACAAUGUCAGUCUAAAGAGCCACCUUCAGCGCUACCACCCACUGGAGUCAGGGGAAAAAGACACUGACAGUAAGAGUUCUGACGGAGUAGCAGACAGUGUACAAAACCAGGACACUGAGCAGAUGCAGCAGGUGAAGGUUAAGAUAAGUGCUGCUGGUCGACCACUGGGGAGGCCUAAAAAAGCCCCAACUUCACAUGGAGAAAGUUCCUGGUUAAGAUGUGAACAAAAUGACACUGGCUUUAAGGGUUUUGAUGAAAGUCAGGACUUCAGAGAUGAUGAUGGUCCCUCAACUGAUUUCCAGAAAGGGAAGCAAGAGCAGACAGUGACAAAAAUCAAACCAAAAUCUACAUCAGACAGUGACUCUGACUAUGACCCAGAGAAGGAAGCAUUUAGUUCUGGAAAACAAAGGGGACGAUCAAGGAAAAUAUAGUUGUUGAAUUUUAUGUCUAAUUCAUUGUUUUAGUGACAUGAACAAUCACACAACAAUGUAACAAGCUGCAGUUGCUGUGCUUUCUUUUUUUAAUUAAUGUAUUUAUUUUGAUUAAAACCUGUAACAGUAGCAACACUAUUAAAUAUGCUUACAUAGGCUAUUAAAGUGGUUGCCAUACCCAUGACAAGUAAAUAGUGGCAUGGAUUCCUGUUGAAAGUGAGGAUGUCUCAAGUCAUCUCUAUAAUAAACUAUCUCACUGGGCGUA